GCUAGCUCUGCCACUCUCCUCUGCCGAUAGAUUGGCGAUUGCCAGACGCCCAGGACAUUAACGAACCAGCUAAUCCCACAAGGUAUCGGUGAACAAUGAGCUGAAGCGGCCCGGCGGCCGCCAAAGCCUCACUCCUCUCCUUUGCAGGGACCAUGCUGACCCGGUUGUUCAGCGAAUCGCCGCUGAUUCCCGGCCUGCAGAAGUUCGCCAGCUGGGCGGCGGAGAGCGACAGCGACGAGGAGCGGAACCGGGCGGAGGGCAGCGCUGGGAUGCGCGAGGCCCGGGAGCGGGCGGCGGAAGAUGGCCUGAGCGCCGCCCCGGAAAACGAGGAGGGGGAGACGGCGAUGGAGGAGGAGGACGACGACGAGGAGGAGGAAGAGGAGGUGGAGGAGGAAGAGGGCGCCAGACCGCGGAAGAGGGGGCCGAAGAGGCGGAAAAUGACGAAGGCGAGGCUGGAGCGCUUCAGGCUGCGGCGGCAGAAGGCGAACACGCGUGAGCGAAACCGCAUGCACGACCUGAACUCGGCGCUGGACAACCUGCGCAAAGUUGUCCCGUGCUACUCUAAGACGCAGAAGUUGUCCAAAAUCGAGACCCUGCGCCUGGCCAAGAACUACAUCUGGGCGCUGUCGGAGAUCCUGCGCUCCGGGAAGAGGCCCGACCUGCUGUCCUACGUGCAGACGCUGUGCAAGGGGCUGUCCCAGCCCACGACCAACCUGGUGGCCGGCUGCCUGCAACUCAACUCGCGGAACUUCAUCACCGAGCCGCCGCAGGAGGCGGCGCGCCUGCACCCCGCCAACUCCACGUUCGCCCUCCACCCGUACAGCUACCCGUGCGCCCGGCUGCCGAGCCCGCAGUGCCAGCCCACCGCCGUGGGCAGCGCCCACCCGCUCCGCUCGCACCCCUACUGUUCCAGCUUGGAUCACCUGUGUGGGGGCGUGUCCCCGGACUACGCCGGCUCUGAGAUGGAGGGGCCCCUCAGCCCCUCGCUCUGCGCCGAGGGCGGCUACCCGCUGAAGUCCGACUCGUCGCCGGACCCCCAGGAGAAGACCUAUCACUACACCAUGCACUACUCGGCGCGGCCCGGCUCCCGCGGUCCGGCCCACGGGGUCAUCUUCAGCAGCUCGGCGCUGCGCAGCGCCCUGCAUGCCGACAACCUCGCGCCGUACGACUCGCUGCUGUCGGCCGACCGGGUGCCCGCCUACGAGGAACUCAACAGCUUCUUCCACAACUAGAUCGCAAAGACUUGUCCGGGGGUCGGGGGAGGAGGAGGAGGUGGGGCCGCGGGCCUUCAGGACCUCCCGUGGUUUCGCGAUUGCGAGCGGAAACAAAAAAGACCGGCCGAGUAUUGAAUUCCGCCGCUGCGCCCGGCAUGACCGUGGCGAGGAGGUGCGUGGACCUGUCGCCAGAAGUGUUUCAGAAGGGCUUCCGAAAGCUGUGGUCAGGUGUGCGUGUGUGUGUGUAUGUGUGUGUGUGUGUAUGCAGCCACCAACCACACCCCAUCCCCCACCCCCGCCCGACAGAUGCGGCUGAUGUGGCUUUGGGGAACAGAACGCCCGCGGCGACCUCCCGGUAAAGCAAUAACCAAAAUCUAUGCAAGUGGAGAUUAUAAGGACGAUGCUGUGGGCCGGAACCUCGCCGGGAGCAGGAGCUGCCUGGCCGCCUUCUGUCCCCACGCCGGACCCCUGCCCCGCUCGCGGCGGGCUCGAACACAGAUAGGUUUCACUGACCUCCCGGCCACCUUUCCGCGGAAUCUUAGACCCGCCAACCUCCAGUUUGGUUACAAUUUCUUCUUUUUUUAAAUCUCUGACUGGGCAAACAGGAGUAUUUUAAAUCCACCGAGCCCCGCCGGCCUCGUUGCAGACGCUCCGCGCUCUCAGUUUGGAAGAAAGACGACCUUGUUCCACGCGAGAUUCUGCAGACGCUAGAGAAGUCGAACGCUUGUUUCCUAGGUCAGCACCCGCUCUCGGGCCAUGAACACCUCUCCUCUCUCCCUGGAGAACUUGAUUUUCAGACUCCUCCCCCACCCCUCUCGGCCCGUCGGCCUGAGGUUAAACUUCAUCGGUGCGGAAAUUUGCGGCCCCGUUUUACAGCCAGGACUCGGACUCCGGUCGUCUGCUCGCUACGUCUGCAUAACGCCGACACAGCGCAGGCAGGGUCUGUUGCCAGCGGAUGUUCAAAGUGCAACCCCCGCCCCCCCCCCCCACCUCUACGGAAUGGCUGUGACGUUAGUCUGGUGCUGCGGGGGGGGGGGGGUCCGGGGGUCGCGACCUCCACGGAUGACGGGAACCGGACGGAGCAAAGGCCGGACCAGCGGACAAAUCGCUCUAACCGAGGGGGAAGUCUCCGGC